ACUUGAUUGGAAAGUGAAAUUAAUUGAAGACUAUGAAGAAAGGCUUAGUAAGCCUCCCAUUGUUUUACCAUCAAAAAUAAGAUUAGAUGUAUUAAAUGAUUAUUAUCAUAGACCUGUAGAAACUAAGGGUGAAUUUCGACAUGAUCAAGAAAUAUUAUUAGGGCCUAGAUCAAUAAAUAAUAAACCUGGUUAUUAUUUAAUUACUCCAUUAGAAAGAAAAGAUGAUGGAGGUUGGAUUUCUAAAGAUAAAGUCAAUCCUAAAACAAGACCACUUUCACAAACAAAUGAUAUAGUCACAAUUAAAGGAAUAUUAAAAAAACCUGAGAAGAAUGAAUGGAUUUGGAAUGAUAUUGAUACAAUGGCGGAAUCAACUAAUGCUCAACCUAUAAUGAUUGAACAAAGUUUAGAUACAUCACCUUUUUUAAAAAAUAAGUUAAUUGAAGAUGGUAUUCCAGUUGGUAGAGAACCUUCAAUUGAAUUACGAAAUACACAUUUACAAUAUGCAAUUACAUGGUAUUCAUUGUCAAUUGCAACAACUGUAUUAUUAUAUCUUUAUAUUAAAAAACCUCCAUCUGGUUAUAUUAGACAAUGUAUUUUCUGGAGACUAUCAAAAGAUUUCAGGGUUCAAAUUUUAGCAACCAGUUAUAUUAG